GUCUUUACGGGAAGCGAGUAUGGCGGCCGCGAUUGGAGGGAGGAUUAAUACAAUUGUGAAGGUUCUCAGUGGACCAUGGCUUCAAAAGUUGAGCAGCAGGUCCUUCACAAUGUCAGCUUGCUUUUGUACACCAGAGGCUCCCCCUGCCCGUGCUGACAGCACUUUCAGGGUCACCAUGGUGCCAGGGGAUGGUGUAGGUCCUGAACUUAUGACAGCUGUCAAAGAAGUCUUCAAGGCAGGUAAUGUGCCUGUGGAAUUUGAGGAAUUCCACUUGAGUGAGGUGCAAAACAUGGCCAGUGAGGAGAAGCUGGAUCAAGUGCUCGCAUCAAUGAAAAACAACAGAGUGGCCAUCAAAGGAAAGAUCCAUACACCUAUGGAGUACAAGGGAGAGUUGGCCUCCUAUGAAAUGAGCCUGAGAAGGAAGCUGGACCUGUUUGCCAACGUGGUUCAUGUGAACAGCCUCCCUGGAUAUAGUACUCGCCACAACAAUCUGGACCUGGUUAUUAUCCGUGAGCAGACAGAGGGGGAAUACAGUUCUCUUGAACAUGAGAGUGUAAAGGGAGUCAUUGAAUGCCUGAAGAUCAUCACCAGAGAGAAAUCCCGUCGCAUUGCUAAGUUUGCAUUUGACUAUGCUACUAAAAAGGGCCGCAGUAAGGUCACAGCUGUGCAUAAGGCAAACAUUAUGAAGUUAGGAGAUGGACUUUUUCUGCAGAACUGUGCAGAGGUAGCAGAGCUGUACCCCAAGAUAAAGUAUGAGAACAUGAUCAUUGACAACUGCUGCAUGCAGUUGGUGCAGAACCCGUACCAGUUUGAUGUACUGGUGAUGCCCAACUUGUAUGGGAACAUCAUUGACAACUUGGCAGCUGGUCUUGUGGGGGGAGCAGGAGUGGUUCCUGGUGAAAGCUACAGCUCAGAAUAUGCUGUUUUUGAAACAGGAGCCAGACACCCAUUUGCUCAGGCUGUGGGUAGGAAUAUUGCUAAUCCCACAGCCAUGCUGUUGAGUGCUGCCAACAUGCUACGACAUCUCAGUUUGGAAUACCACUCCCAGAUGGUAUCUGAGGCAGUCAAAAGGGUCAUCAAGCAGGGAAAGGUGCGGACAAGAGACCUCGGGGGAUACAGCACUACUGGUGACUUUGUGCGUGCUGUUGUCGACAAUCUACGUUAAUAACCUAUCCACUGAGAAACAACGUCGAUCACGUACAUUUUCUCUCCACUUUAUACAACUUAUCUUCAAAUUCUUCACCACCCUUCUUGUCAUAGUUAGCUGUCUCUGCUUGUAUCCUUGUACUUAAUGACAUAAAAACCAGUGGUUCUCAACCCUG